AUGCCCGCGGCGCCCCGAAGCCCCGCCGAUUCAUCCCGCCGGAUAUGGGAAACCCUCAAAACGGAAGAUUUCACGAUCGACGAAAGGGAUGACAGGUCACUACGGACGGAUAAUGGCUCUAUCGAGAAACCCCCAGGAGUGGAGAAUGACGCCUUUGCCGUCAUCAAAGCUCGUGACGAAUAUCUUGAGGUAUUCCACGGUAAACGAGCAACUGGGUUGAAUCUCACUCCAGUCGGCGAUCCAGACGAGACUGAGGUUUCCGAUAGCGAAAUGACAGAUGACGAAGUCGCCAUGAUCCCCAAGAGAGUCCCAGUGCAUUACCUCAACCCCGAUAUCAUACUCAGUCUAAGCCGAUCAGCUCAGAUAAUGUUGCUCAAGCGCCUCUCCCGAAAACAGGCCAAGAUCAUAGUGCAUGACAACGAAAGGAAACUCGUCACGAGAAGGGACGGAGACGAAUUCGAUCUAGCUGUCGUGCUGAUUCUCAGCAUCGCCCUACGGGGAAAUCACGCUUUCGCCGGCCUGCUUGUGGGCUUGUCUCAACCCGCCACCAUCAAAGCGAUGCGGCCCUUCUAUCGUCGGCCGUUCUUAGAUGCGUCGGUCAUUGUCGAGCUCACCCAUGGAGCAGCACGUGUACUCUCACAGAGACGCAAAAUAGACAGACCUGGCUACGGUGAGAUGGCCAUCGUCGAGCCCAUAACGAAAGCUGUUGCCUCUCUCCUGAAGAGUUCCGGGGAAAUUUUAGGCAACAGUCCUGCCUCUUGGUUCAUCCACGCCUUUAAAGUGAUCAUUUGUUCGUGGCGCGCAGACAGAGACCGGGGUCUCCAGAUUGGACUUCUCUUAGUCGGCGAGGCCAGGCUCCUCCGCGCUGCCAUCCAACAGUGGAAUGAGAAGGCCGAUCUGGGCACGACCAUCCUGAGGUCCAUUCACGGUGCUGUCAGCGGUGCUCCCAUCGCCGGCUUUGUGUCUGCGGCCAUCGAACCAUGGACUGAAAGAGCCGUCAACGCCUUGACAGAUAGGCAGUUGCAGAAAUACAACGACGCCUGGAGCGAAAUCUGGACAGAAUUCCAGAAUACAUUUCGAAAACCCGCGUCUUUACAUAAUUGCGUGGUUAUAAACGGGGUGGAAUUCCAGGUUGGGGAGUACUUUCUUUCCAGUGUAGACCUUAUGUUAGAUGACGAGAGGCUUCUUCCGGACUUUAUGCACAGGUGA